UUCUACUCGCGUGGGCAGUGUCGUCCAUUAGAGACCUGUAGUAAAGACUUGAGCUUCUUUCCCAGACACACACAUAACACAUUCUUAAAGGGGAAAAAUAGGGGAAAGAAAGAGAAAGAGAGAGAUAAAUACCGGAGCAUACAUAUAUAUAUGUAUAUAUAUAUAAAUAACAUACCUGUGACCAACAACUUUUUUUUUUUUAAACGAGUUGUGUUAGCUCUUUAAAUGACAAGAUUGCUGUAGUAAGCCGUACAAACUGUUUUUCUAUCCCCUUCACCGAUCAAGAAGUUCGUAUGUUUCUUGCCGCUAAAGUCAACUUCCAAUUCAAUCAAUCUUGGUCGAACGUGUUGAAGAAGGCAUAUCUCCACCAACAUGGUAGUUUGUAGAGGAAGACACCACCUCCUCGCAUCUUCUUGGUCUCGUAAUUUCUUGCUGUCUGCAUCCUAGGACGAUUAGAUUCAUUUUUUUCCCCAGUAUGAAUACAGACCAUGUGAAUUUUGGGGGGUUUUCAUUUACCCUUAUUUAAAGCUGUGGACAUCUAUUUUUUUCCCUACCUAAAACUGGAUUUUUACAAGCACUGGAAACAAAUUUUUCUUCACUAAUUUCACUUUAUAUUGAUCGUUUAUUAUUUCUUUUCAAUACUAAAUUUCUUUUUGGAAUUUUCACCUCAAGCUUGGCUCUACAAAACCCGAAUUCCAUAACACUUCUUUUUACACAGACAAACAGCAUCAUACAUCUCCAUAGCUUUUCUGCGAUAUAACAAACACAAUUGCAUAUUUUUUUCCCCCUCAUCAGUGAUCCUUGAAUUCAAACGGACAAAAAUCUUUUAGCGAAGUGCUGCUCUGAUUGCUGAAUUUGUGAAUUUGAUUCUGGAAUUCCUCAACCAAACCCCCCCAAAAUGAAGUUUAUUCGAUGUAAUAAAGGUUUCUCUUGAUAUUCAGUGUAAGGGAUGGAAAUAUUUAUGUUGCCAACGAUGAGAAUCUAAGAAAAUAUUAAGAUGCAUUCCAGAAAAUUUGUUUCAUCAGAUCAAUGGAACGACACAAACCCUACAGACUUAAAGCAAUAUGACAGAGACACGCUCUUGGGCUUGCAGAAUGCUUCUGCCUCCUUGAGCAGGCCUGAAAAUCUUCCAGAUCUACCUGAUGUUAUUUUGUCUGCACCUUUAACUACUGUUACUUCUGGAGUAGGAUUACAAAGCAGUGGUAUGACGAUUGGUUUGGGAGGAGACAAAGGCAUAAAUACAGACUGGAGGAAUGGCAAUGACCCGUUUAUUCCAUUCUAUGUCAAGUCUGCACGAUCGUCUGUUGGUGGUGUUACAAAAAGAGGUAGUCAACAAGGGAAGAAAGAAGUGAAAAACAUUAUCAUUCAAAUUCCAAAAGAAGUGAAGUUAAAGACCUGUGAGAAUGCUUGGUUACCAUCGUCAAAGAAACCGCAAAUUGUAGUCGAUGAUAGUGGUGUUGAUGCUGUUGUGAAGCGAGUGCGAAGUAUACUUAAUAAACUCACUCCACAGAACUUUGAAACCUUAGUAGAUCAGAUGGAAUUAAUUCUUAUUGAUACUGAAGACAAACUUGGUGCUGUAACAGACCUUGUCUUUGAAAAGGCUGUUUUGGAGCCAAAUUACAGUUCAGCUUAUGCCAAAUUCUGUACAUUUUUAAUGAUGCUGAAAGUGCCUUCCAAAAAUAAUCCUGAAAAGAAUGUUGACUUCCAUAGCUUGCUAUUAACAAAAUGCCGGCAACAAUUUGAAAAGGAUAAUGAAAGUGAACAGAAAAUUCUUGAUUUGAAAGAAAAAAUAGAAGCAGCAAAUGAGGAGGAAAAGAAAAUAUUGUUGGAGGAGCUUGAUACAGUUAUGUAUAUAUCUAGACGUAAAUCAGUUGGAAACAUUAGGUUUAUUGGAGAAUUGUUUAAAAUGAAUAUGGUGAAAUUAGACAUAAUGCAUGGUUGUCUGGAAAGGUUGUCAUCAUCUGCAGACGAAGAGAAACUAGAAUGUAUGUGUAAAUUGUUAUCUACGGUUGGAAAAGUGAUAGAGAGUAAAGCGAAGAAUGAAGAAAUGAAUCGUUACUUCAAAGACAUAAGAGCAAUUGUUGGAGGCCGGGAAACAUCCUCUCGUAUUCGAUUUAUGCUUUUGGAUCUUAUUGAUCUACGCAAAAACAAAUGGGUUCCCCGGCAUGCAGAGAAAGGUCCCAAGACCUUGAAAGAACUUCACCAGGACAUAGAGAACGAAGAGAUUGAACACCGGUUGAAGAUGGACGCUGCUGCUGCCACUCAGCUGUCAUCAUAUUCCUCUCAACGGAAUCGAGGGGGGCGUGCUGGCUCAAUGGGACCUCUCACACCACCACAGGCUAACGACAGUGAUGGCUGGAAUACAGUUGGAGGAGGACGAACUCUUAGGGCACCAAUUGACCCUAGCAAAAUGUGGUUGCCUAAGAGUAAGAAUGAUGACAAUAUACAGUUGUGUCCAAGUGUUGGUUCUAACAAAUUCGGUAUGUGGGGCCGUGGUAGUACGGGGGGAGGCAGCAGCCGUGGUUCAAAUAAUCAACAGAGUGACAGACUCACAACAACACCAACCAACAGAUUCUCGGCUUUGUGCGGUGAUGAUGAAGAUUUAUUUAAUAUGAUUGGAAGUGGUGGUCAAGAAAACAGGCCAGAAAUGUUUUCUCGUGGAGGCAUGGGUAAUCGCCGAAGUGGAUCACGUUCUGGUGUAGGACCUUCACCUGGUCAAUCUGGUCGCAAUCAGUUUAGUGGUUUUCGUGGAAAGACAUUGCCUCGCAGAUUUUCGCAAGAGGACAGAAAUGUUCAGAGACGUGGCUCAAAUGAUAAUCUCACUCCUUUAAGAGGUCAGACUCGUGAGGAUAGUCGGUCUCGGAAAAUCCGCAGUCGAGAAAAUAGCAGAAAUCGCAGUAUGCACACUCCAAUUGGCAGUCGAGAAAGCAGUCAGAAUCGGCAAUCUGUACUUCAUUCGAGAGAAAACUCUCGGGAUUCAAAAAUGGCUAGUUGUGAAAAUGGCAUGUUUCAAGAGACCAAACCAUUAAAUUAUGAUACCAGCAAUUCUACUUCAGACUACCCGACGAAGCAUGAGAAAAUAGAGUUGGCAGCAGCACAGAGUAAACCCAUUAGUGAAGCUGAGGUGAAGAAGAAAACCAUAUUUAUUGUUGAUGGUUACUUAAAUAACAAAGAUCUUGAGGAAGUGGUGGUAUCUCUCUCUAAAUUGAAAUCCUCAAGUAAUCUCCAAGUGUUCAUAUCAUCUGCUAUCAGUCAUGUGCUUGAUUUAACACAACCAGCUAGAACACUUACUGGCUCCCUAAUCUAUCACCUCAUGGAUAAUAAAACAAUUUCUAAAUCUGAUUUCUUAAAUGGCAUGAACAAUGUUUUGGAAUAUGCUGAAGAUCUGGAGAUUGAUGUACCAAGAAUUUGGACAUAUUUUGCUCAAUUAAUUUCUUCCUUGCUGGGCGAGGGAAGACUACCUUGGACAAUUUUAAAAGAGAUUGUCGAGCCCUUAAAAACUACAAAUAAAGGAGGCGUUUUCAUUGCUGAAAUACUCAAAGAACUUGUCACUCGAAUGGGUGAACAAAAAGUACAAGAACUCUGGAAAUUAUUUGAUUUAAAACUUUCUGAUUUCUACAAGGCUGAAGAUAUGUCCAAGUUUAUUUCAGACCAUAAAUUGGAAUUCAUGUUUGACAAAGAUAAUCCUGACUGUUUGUUAAAUGCUUUUGAGAAUAAGUUACAUAAUUUGCUUCAAACCUGCGAUUUAAAUAACAAACCUAUUUUUGAUCUUAUUGAGGAACUUCAGCAACCUCUUAAAGAGACGGAGGAAUUCAUCAGAAUUCUUAUGACUGAAAUUUGCUCAAGUGCAAUUGUCGAGAGUAAAGUUUCGAAGAGUAAAAUAAAAACAAGAUGUGAAGUCUUGCUGAAAUAUCUUUGCCAAAAGCCUAACCUGCAGUUACAGGCUCUCUAUUCAUUGCAAGCUCUGGACGUCAAGUUGGUGCAUCCACCUAGUGUUUUGAGAAUGAUGUUUGAAACCUUGUAUGACGAAGACGUAAUAGCGGAGGAUGCCUACUUCCAGUGGGAGAAGAGUGAAGAUUCACCUGGCAAAGGUGUUGCUUUGAAACAGGUUGCAGCGUUCCUUACAUGGUUGCACGAAGCUGAAGAAGAUGAUGAUUGAAAAAUGAAAGAAAGAAAGAAAGAAAAAACAAACAGAAAACAAAUAAACAAAGAAAAACAGCACACACACACAAAAAGGGAAAGUCUUAUGCCUUUUUCUGAAGUGAAUAAGGCUGAAACUGGAUCACAUACCUUGAUACCUCUUUGAUUUCUUCAAGCAGAUCAGUUCCUGUUUUGUUACCAGUUGCUGAUAAUACUGUUAAUACUGCUAUUACUGCUAUACUCUCCAGGAAUAGGGUUUUUUUGGGUUUUUUUUCUUCAAUAUUUGUGCUGUAUUGCAUCACUACAAGCCUAUACCCUUCCAUUUUAGAACAGUCACAGAAUAAGGAUUAAAAUGAAAAAGAAAAAAAAAGGGAAAUGUGUUUGACUCUUGUUUCACAUCAAGUGUAUGUGUGUGUGUGUAUGUGUGCAUGUGUGUGUUUGUGUGUUCUUUUUAAACAUGUAAGCAUACACGUGAAAUAUCAAAUUUGCUCUCCAAUUUUAAUGGAAUUUUUCUUAUUUACCUUUUUUUAUGACAAUUAAAACAGUUUUCUAAAGUUUCAAAAUAUAAAAAUGGAAACAGAAAUUUAGUAUGUCAGAUAUUGAAGUCCUUCAUUGCAGAUACAUACACACACAUUUUAUAUGUAUAUAUGUACACCCUCACACACAUAUGUUUGUGUGUGUAUGUAUAUAUAUAUAUAUAUAUGUGUGUGUGUGUUCAUGAAAUAGAUUUCUCUAAUGAUAUUCUAUCUGAAUUUUGAAGCAAAUUAUCAAAGUUUGUAUGCCAUGGAUUUACAAAAUUUCUUCACCUUUUAAAAAUUAUUAAAACCAAAGUUAAAUGUG